UUAUAAUAUAUCGUAUAUGGAGGCGUUUGAUUGAUUCCAAGAGGCUGUGAGAGACGAGCAAUGCUGUUAGGGUCUUCGUCGCUGGCAAUCGCGUCGUCUAGGUCCAGGAUCUUCUCAGCGGCAGCGGCGGCGGCAUCGCGGCGGCACAGCCUCGCCCCGGCUUCUUGCUCCUCCUCAUCCCAGGCGCUGCAAUGCCGCGAUUCUAGAAUGGUGGGAUCGCCAGUGUUGCCCGCGCGGCGAUCGUUCUGCUCCCGCCGGAGCAGCGCCAGCGCCGAUUUUGCGGAGAAUGGGCGAGAAUCUCCCGACGGCGGCAUACAUUUGAUUCUAGGGCCGAUGUUUGCUGGGAAGACCACGGUGCUGCUCCAGAGGAUUCAAGCGGAGGCCGAUGCUGGGAGGAGAGUCGCCUUGGUGAAAUCGGACAAGGACACAAGAUAUGGCCUCGGCUGCAUCGUCUCGCACAGCGGCAAAAAGAUGCACUGUGCCGCCGUUGCAUCGCUCUCCGACUUUAAGUCAAACAAGCCCGAGCUCUACGCACAGGUACUCAAAACUUCCAAAACGAAAAAUCAAAAAAUCUUUCACUUGGAUUCCAACCAGGCCGAGAUCAUCGGCAUUGACGAGGCGCAGUUCUUCGACGAUCUCUUGAGCUUCUGCCAGUCGGCGGCCGACUGGGACGGCAAAACUCUCAUCGUUGCUGGGCUGGACGGCGAUUUCUUGAGGCAGCGCUUCGGCUCGGCGCUGGAUCUCGUCCCCCUGGCCGACUCCGUGACCAAGCUCUCGUCGAGGUGUGAGAUUUGCGGCCGGGCCGCGGCAUUCACGUUUCGAAAGACGGACGAUCGACGCAAGGAGGUGAUCGGCGGGGCGGACAUCUACAUGCCCGUGUGUAGGAAGCACUACGUGAACGGACAGUUCGCCAUGGAAGCCGCGCGAAGUGUGGUUCUGGAAUCCCACUCGCCGCAACGCGACCCUUGUUCGUCCUCGCCAGAGAGAAAGCUCGCGAUUGGCUAACUUCCCAUUAACUUAGCUUAACUUAAUCUCGCUGGUAUAUGCCUCUUAGAUUUAGGAUAUUCUGUCAAUUUCCUUGAAUAUUCUAAGGUAUAUUCUAUC